AUGACAAAUGUACGUACUAAUUAUCCAAAUGCUUUUCGUAUUCUUCACAUAGUUGUUGUAUGUGUUGUUUUAUUUCAUUGGAAUGCUGCUCUUUAUUUUAAAAUUUCCUUAAUUUAUGGAAUUUUUAGUAAGAAUUUUUUCUGUAAAAUAAAAAAAUAUUUUUAAGCAACCGAUGCUUCUGCUUGGGAAUUUAAUUACUUAAAAAAUCAGGAUGUAUGGUGGGUACGUUGUGGUCAAAUGUUAUGGGCAGAAAUACCAGAAGGACAUUGUUUUUUUAAUGAAAGUGGUUUGGGUGAUCCGGAUAUUGAUAGAGUUAAUUAUUUAAAUGAGAUGGUUAAAUAUUGGGAAAAUCGGUUAAUUA